GUGACCUUAAGAGAGAGCAACCUAGGCUGAAGGGCUUGGACCUGCUGGCUGUAGGGAGUUACAAGAGAUUUGGGAGAGGGAAGUGUUACUAUACCUUGGGAGAAGCUGACCCUGUAUGACCCCCAUCACAGUAAAUUUCCAACGGGGCAUCUGGAAUUCAGGCCCCAGAACCCAAGGCCCCAUUCCUUUCUUUCAUACAGCAGCCCACCAAAACCUGGCCUCGAAGAUCUUCUGUUUAUGCUGCAAAUGCUGUGAGGAACCCAAUGCCACAGAUGACUCCAAGAUCCCCAGUCAAACCCAAGAGCUUCAGCCAUCAAAGCAUGGUCUGCAGAAGGAUGAGCUUGACGGACAAAAUCUCAAGCAAGAUAAUGAAGCGUCCCGCGUGAUUUUGGGAAAAUCCCUGCUCCAUCCAGAAAAGAGAACCUCCUAUUUCAGCAGCAGUGAGUUUGAGGAUGUGAAUUCACAUGUUUCCAAAAGAGGAUUUCACAAGAGAAACCCAAGCCGCUACUCCCAGGAUCGCUGGCCGUACCAGCCAUGCCUCAUUGGGAGACCCUGA